UGGCCAUUUCUGUGUUACUAACACAUACCAUUCAUAAAAAUACUAAACUACGCUAUUUUGUAAACAAAUAAUUUUUAAAUGAUUUAAAAAUGGUAAAGAAGGCGCAAAUCAAGCGGCAGCCGUGGGUUAAGAACCUGUAUUCGAACCGAGAAUAUCCAGACAAUUACACGGACGCCAGCUUUUUAAAAGAUCUCCGCACGAACCUGCAUGUACGAAUAUACACGUUCAGUGAAGCAAUUUCCGGCAUAACGGUACUAAAUAAUCAGAUAUCCUGUAUCACUGGCUUCCUGAUACUAUACCAACUGAUGCUCAGCGACUGUGUGUCACCCACUACGAUCCUAGUGCCCAGUUGCGGGGUCACUGGUCUUGGAUAUCUGUGCUACAGAGGAAGGAGCAUCAGCUGGGCGCUGCUAAGAGAGGAUUCCAAAACCCUCGUCACUGUGGUCCUAUUCGGUUACCUGUUCUCACCGAUGCUACACACUCUUACUCAGGCCAUCAGCACGGACACUAUAUACACGAUGACCUUCUUUGUCCUGUUGGGAAAUCUUAUCUUUGGGCACUAUGGCCUGGAUGUGGCCAUGGUCUCCAAGGCCAUAUCUCUGAAUGCUGCCAUAUUUGGAGCCAUUUGCCUGGCCUCCCGCCUUCCGACUUCGUACCAUGCAUUCGUGCUCCUCGUCGAGGCCGCCGUCUUCUUUGUACUGUACCCCAUUAUGACGGAGGCAAGCUGGCAUGCUGUAUUCAUGGUGCCCAUCUUCGCAAUAUGCUGUCUAGCCCUGUACUGGAUAUCGCGGCCUGUACUUUAUCUCUACGCCUCCACCACUGUCUUCAUCAACUUUGUCUGCCCGUUAAUAUUCGUGUGGCAGCAGCAGUACAAGUUCAACAUUCACGGACCCUGGGACGAGGCUAUCGUGGAGGAGAACACCGAACAGAAUCUGGACGAUAACUUAUAGCGACAGCUCCGCUUCUCAGAUCAGCUGCUGCCACGACCAGGGGGCGGCGAUAUCGGGGAGCAUUCCAUAACCAAUCACUAAGCCAUUGCACGCUUUUUUGUAUAACUCUGUAAAUGUCUUUCUCUUCUUUGGAAUCAUUCCAAGCUAUUUUCAAUGUUGAUUUUUUUUAAUCUGUUAUGUCUUUCUAGCUUUACAUUAUGUGUUUAAUAAAUUAUAUAUAUGAAUAUGA